UUAUCACAUUAUGUUAGUAGUAUAACGAUUCCCUUGUAUAAUAUCAAUCCCAAAAUUUUCUUCAAACUCCUCAAUUUGCUACCAAAAAAAAUGGCCUCUCUUCUCCAUCUCCCUUUCAUAUUUCUUAUCACAUUUCUCCUAAUUUCCCCUGCAAUAUCACAUAAUUGUUCGUCUCAAAGCUUUUCCAACAACACUCACUUCGAUAACUGCACCCAUCUCCCUUCCCUAAAAUCCUCUUUCCACUGGACAUACAAUUCAACAAAAUCCACACUUUCAUUUGCUUUUAUUGCUCCUUUGACCUCUUCUGAUGGCUGGAUUUCAUGGGGAAUUAACCCAAUUACCCCAGCAAUGAUUGGGACACAGUGCCUAAUUGCAUUUAAAGUGCCAAAUGGGUCCAUUGUUAUUAAGACUUAUGAUCUUACUUCGUAUAAUUCUAUUACACAUACUGAUAAACUUUUUUAUACUGUGUUGGAUUCUAAAGCUGAGUACUCUAAUGGGGUCAUGAGAAUCUUUGCCACUUUGGUACUACCGGCAAAUAUGAGCACGGUGAAUCAUGUGUGGCAAGUUGGACCGGCGGUGAAAGACGAUAUGCCAGUGGUGCAUAAGUUUGAUCCUCACAAUUUGAAAUCAAAAGACACUCUAAAUUUGGCUACUUCUUCUGGUGGAGAUGGAAAAAAUACCACUGCCCCUGUUUCCGCUGGUGGUGAUGGACAGAGUGGAAAUAAAACUGGUGGAUCUUCACGAAUUUGGAAUAAUGAUGCUACUUUUUACGUCUUUGCCAUGUUUCUUGGAGUUCUGUUUUUGUUACUUAAGGAAUAAAUUAGCUUUGUUCCAUUUUGAAGUUGUUUACACUUAAACUUUAUAAUCAACGAGUAAGGUCAUUAAGAAGAAGAAGAAAUAGAACGAGCGCUAUUAUAUGCGAUCCAGCAAAAAGUAUGCACGACGAAACCUUAACCUUCUAGGGUGAUUUUUCGAUAAUUCAUAGGUCUUUUUGAUAUUCUGAAAAUAAUACGUACAAUUACUC